AUGAACCUCGACGAAUUGAGAUCCUUCCUCGAUGCAACGAACGUAAGCGAGAAGGAGUGCAUGAAGCGACUGCAGGAAGCGCGUGCUUGGAUGACCAGUCCAGGGCACGACAAGUUGCAGACGACCGACGUGAUUGACCUGUACAACGCAAGCCGAAAGUGCGCCAUGCAUGACACGAACAAGCAAGUCGCGUAUCAAAUACGCUCGUUGGCGUGCAUGCUGCUCAAGCGGUUGGUGGGACCAAGUAUUUCCGAGUCGCUGGACCUGCUUCGGUGCUUUGCGCGGACAGGACAUGUCCUUCGUGGCGCAUCCGUUUCGUCGCAUGUGAUUGCAUCCCCCGAAGUCUGCUUUUCGGAGGCGAUUGCGAUUUAUCGCUCCAUGGGAUUGAAUCAUUUGUCCAAAACGAAAAGCGGGGUCGAGCUCGAAGAGAUCUGCGAAGACAUUUGGGAUGCGUUCGAAGGCCACUUGUCCUGUAUCACGUCCGUGGCCGACAUGGUGCAAGAUAUCCACGACCUCAGGAUGUUCAUGCCAUACCUGCCGCAAAACACGACCAAGUUUGUCAAAUUGGUCAUGAAUCUUGCGGAAAGUCACCGCUUGCGUGAUGCGAGGGACGCGGAAGCGACCCUAUUGGGAAUUGCCUUGGAAUUGAUCGAAACGUUGGACAACAUCAAGAAAAAAUCAUCCCUCCGACGAACUGCAUUGGUGUGCUUGGUGGACGUGUACAUUGACAUGGAAAUGUUGGACCGAGCUGAGACAUGCUGGACAUUGCUCAUGUCCCCUGAAACACCACAAGGCUUGCAGAGUGGCGUGAAGUUACACUUGAAGUCACGAGCAUUCCCCCGAGCCCUGAGCUUAGUGGAGCAAUUACAAGAGCAUGACAACUACGAGUUGGCAUGUGAGGCCACUCGAAUGUACUCUGCGACUGUGGGCUAUCACGAUGGCACUGUGUUUCCGUUGUGGGAAACGUUGAAAGUGAACUUUCCAGCCAACGCCAUUCAAAUUGACAUGGAAUUGGCGACCGAGUUGGCGUUUUCAGAACAUCAACACCUUCGCGAGAAGUCGUGCUCCAUCACCGCCCGCCUUGCAGAGCAGUGGCCCCAGUUUGCGCCGGAUCAACUGUCGCAGUUGAAGAAAGUUAUACACGACGCAUCCUGCAAUGCCACCAACUACGACCUGAGCGAGGAAUUGUUUCGAUGGACAGAGGUCGCCCUCGUUAUAUCGCGCACACCUGCCGAACGUGUAGUGUGCAAACGAAUCAUGUCGCUUGCAAAGCUACGACUGGGCGACUUUGCCAUGGCGUUGCAAUUGGCAACGGAAGCGCUGAACGAGGAAAUGUCAAAGAAGAGUAUCUUUGCUUGCUUUCGAGUGCUAGUGAGCUGCGACGAUGCAUCGAGCAGUGCUACCUCGGUGGAAGAAACCCUUGUCCGGCUCAUCGAAUGCGACGACUUUGACAUUUACGACAUGGUUGCGUUUGGGCGAGAGGCGCACCAAGCGAAAAACCAUGCAAGUGUCCUCCAAGUGUGUGAAACGCUGGCCAAAUUGCUGUCGGAACGCAUAUGUGCCACCAACGAGUUACCCCAGUUGGAAGUGGGCGUGCUGUACCAAAACAUGGCCCAGCUCAACAACAGCCUCUGUGAAGGCGACGAACGCCAGCCGAUUUCAAAAUUCAUGACGUACCUGGACGACCUAUUAGCCCUGGCAGAGAGAAUUGAACCCAGCCAGGUUGAAAAGUCGUUUGGACCCCCUGAAGUGCUCGAAUGGUUUUUUGGCGUCUGCCACAACAUCGGAGUAAACACCCAAAAUUGGAGAUGUUUCAAGCAGGCAGCCCAAGUCGCCGCUACAGCCACAAAACUGUUUCCUACGACCAAGUUGCAAGGGCGAGACGAAAAGUGCUGGGUUGCGGCAAUCUGUUUACGCAUGAAAGCCAUUGACACGCUGUCAAACGAGGAUCUGGUGGAGGUGGAAUCGUUGCUUGCCAGGCAACUAAGUCAAGACAAAACCCAUACGUCAAAGAUUCAAGACUAUUUGGCGACGUCCAUGUUUAUCGUUAAAAUCAAGACGGAUGACUUUCGCACAACGGAUUUCCUAGAGUGCUACACUGCAAAAUUGGAGCAAACGUCGAUGAAAUAUCGUGAAUUGGGAGACUAUGUUUUCACGACGUCGACGAAUUCAACGACCAAGGCUUCAACCAUCGCUUUGCGUUCAAUAUCAAGCCACUUGUACAAGUUUUCUUUGCAAUUGGAGUUGCAGCAAAAACAUGUUGAAUCGCGGGCAGUGCUGUACGCGUUGAAGAAACUCGUGGCCCUCGCCCAGUCAAAGGAAGAAGGGUGUGAAUGGCUCGAACACGUUGUGCAAAUCAGCUCCACCAUCGACAUUGUCCUGCUCGACGACGACAUUGAGUGGUUUAUGGCCAAAGCUUGGAAUUUUGGAGUGUCGUGCUUCAGAAAUCAAGAGCUUAAAAGUGCCCAAGGAUUCAUGUCCAUGGCGUUCAAACUGCUCGGAAUGUCAACUUCCCGCACCCUUGGCAAAGCCUACCACGAUACUCUUCAAAGUCAAUACGCCCAAUUGUUGACCCUCAUGCAGGAGCAACACCAGCACGAAUAG